AUGACCCAAAAUCCGCGAAGGAAUUCCUGUGGUCUCUCCCGCUCCCGUGCCCGCGUGGUCGGGGGGCUCCCGGCCGGGCCGGGCCGGUGGCCCUGGGCGGUGUCGCUGCAGCUCCGGGGGCGGCAUCGCUGCGGGGGGACCCUGGUGACCCCCCAGUGGGUGCUGAGCGCCGCCCACUGCUUCCAGGGCCCCGGGGGGCUCCGGGCCCCUCUGAGCGAGUGGAGAGCCGUGGUGGGGCGGCUGCGGCUGCAGAGUGACCACCCGAGUGACCACGGGAGUGACCACGGGAGUGACCACCCGAGUGACCACGGGAGUGACCACCCGAGUGACCACCCGAGUGACCACUCAACUGACCACCCCACUGACCGCCCCACUGACCGCCCGAGUGACCACGGGAGUGACCACGGGAGUGACCACGGGAGUGACCACCCGAGUGACCACCCGAGUGACCGCCCGAGUGACCACCCCACUGACCACCCGAGUGACCACCCGAGUGACCACGGGAGUGACCACCCGAGUGACCACUCAACUGACCACUCAACUGACCACCCGAGUGACCACCCGAGUGACCACCCGAGUGACCACUCAACUGACCACUCAACUGACCGCCCGAGUGACCACGGGAGUGACCACGGGAGUGACCACCCGAGUGACCACCCCACUGACCACCCCACUGACCGCCCGAGUGACCACCCGAGUGACCACCCGAGUGACCACCCGAGUGACCACGGGAGUGACCACGGGAGUGACCACCCGAGUGACCACCCGAGUGACCACCCGAGUGACCACUCAACUGACCACCCCACUGACCGCCCGAGUGACCACCACAAUGGACACCGGUAUGGACACGGGGAUGGACAUGAGAGUGACCAUGGGAGUAACCACUGGGAUGACCACCAGAGUGACCACCAGAAUGACCAAAGGGAUGACCAUUGGAUGACCAAAGGGAUGACCAUGAGAAUGACCACUGGAGUGACCACAGGAAUGACCACCAGAGUGACCAUGGGAAUGACCAUGGGAUUGACCACAGGGAUGACCACAGGGACGACCACAGGAGUGACCACCAGAAUGACCCCAGGGAUGACCACUAGAGUGACCACCAGAAUGACCAUGGGAAUGACCAUGGGAGUGACCAUGGGAUUGACCACCAGAAUGACCACCAGAAUGACCAUGGGAUUGACCAUUAGAGUGACCACUGGAGUGACCAUUAGAGUGACCAUGAGAAUGACCAUUAGAGUAACCAUGGGAUUGACCACAGGGAUGACCAUUAGAAUGACCACUAGAGUGACCACCAGAAUGACCAGAGGAUUGACCACAGGGAUGACCAUUAGAGUGACCAUGAGAAUGACCACAGAAGUGACCACUAGAGUGACCAUAACACUAACCACCAGAAUGACCACAGGGAUGACCACUAGAGUGACCACCAGAAUGCCCAUGGGAAUGACCAUGGGAGUGACCAAAGGGAUGACCAUUAGAGUGACCAUGGGAAUGACCAUUAGAGUGACCAUGGGAAUGACCACAGGGAUGACUACUGGAGUGACCACUAGAGUGACCCCAGGGAGGACCACUAGAGUGACCACGGGGAUGACCACAGGAAUGACCACUAGAGUGACCAUUAGAGUGACCACUAGACUGGUCAUGGGAUUGACCAUGGGAGUGACCACUGGAGUGACCACUGGAGUGACCACCAGAGUGACCACAGGGAUGACCAUUAGAGUGACCACCAGAAUGACCACUAGACUGACCAUGGGAAUGACCAUGAGAAUGACCACAGGAGUGACCACCAGAGUGACCAUAAAACUAACCACCAGAAUGACCACAGGGAUGACCACUAGAGUGACCACUACAGUGAUCACCAGAAUGACCACUGGAGUGUCCAUUAGAGUGACCAUGGGAUUGACCCCAGGGAUGACCACUAGAGUGACCACCAGAAUGACCAUGAGAAUGACCACAGAGAUGACCAUUAGAUUGACCAUGAGAAUGACCACAGGAGUGACCACUAGAGUGACCUUGGGGUUGACCAUGAGAAUGACCACAGGAGUGACCACGGGAGUGACCAUAAAACUAACCACCAGAAUGACCACAGGGAUGACCAUGGGAGUGACCCCAGGAGUGACCACCAGAAUGACCACCAGAGUGACCAUGGGAAUAACCACCGGAAUGAUCAAAGAGAUGACCAUUAGGGUGACCGUGGGAAUGACCACCAGAAUGACCAUUAGAGUGACCAUGGGAUUGACCAUGGGAGUGACCAUGGGAAUAACCACCAGAGUGACCAUGGGAAUGACCAUGGGAAUGACCAUGAGAAUGACCAUUAGAGUGACCAUGGGAAUGACCACUAGACUGACCACGGGAAUGACCACAGGGAUGACCAAAGGGAUGACCAUUAGAGUGACCACUAGAGUGACCAAGGGAUUGACCAUGGGAGUGACCAUGAGAAUGACCAUUAGAGUGAACAUUAGAGUGACCAUUAGAGUGACCAUGGGAAUGACCACAGGGGAUGACCAAAGUGACCACCAGAAUGACCACAGGGAUGACCCCAGGAGUGACCACCGAAGUGACCACCGAAGUGACCACAGGAGUGACCACCCAACUGACCACCCGAGUGACCGUGACCAAGGCCAGGAGCUGUCGGUGGCCGAGCUGAUUGUCCACCCGCGGUUCCGCGGCGUCCGGGGGGGUCACGACCUGGUGCUGGUGCGGCUGCGGCCGCGGGCGGCGCUGGGGCCGGACGUGGGCACCGUGUGCCUCCCCCGGGCCGGACAACGGCCGCCCUUCGGCCGGAGCUGCUGGAUCAGCGGCUGGGGACACGUGGCCGAGAACGUGUCGCUGCCCGCGGGGGCUCCGCUGCAGGAGGCGGCGCUGCCGCUCCUCUCUCCCCCCACCUGUAACUGCCUCUAUUCCCACCUGAGGCGCCGCGACCUGGCCCGGCCCGCCCGGCCCGGGAUGGUCUGUGCCGGGGGGGCAAGGGGGGGGCGCGGGGCCUGCCAGGCGGACUCGGGGGGCGCCGUGAGCUGCGGGGGCGCCCCGGGCGGGCGCUGGGUGCAGUUCGGGGUGCUGAGCUUCGCCCUUGGGUGCGGCCGCCCCCACGGCCCCGCCCUGGCCACGGGGGUGGGGGGCGCCCACGGGCGCUGGCUGCGGCGGCACCUCCCCCCCGCCGCCUUCGUCCCCGAGCCGGGACCCCCCCCGGACCCCGAGAUGGAGUUGGGGGUUUGUUACGGUGAGACCCCUCCCCAAAAUUACCCAAAUUACCCCCGCCCCCUUUCUGAGGCCCCGCCCCCUGACUCUUGGCCCCUCCCCCCAGGCUGCGGCACCUCCGGGGGUCCCCCCCUGCCCCUCCCCCCUCCCCCCCGCUGGCCCUGGGGGGUCUCCCUGCGGGGGGGGGAGGGGCGGCGCUGCGGGGGGGCGCUGCUGGGGGGGGGAUGGGUCCUGACGGCCGCCAGCUGCUUCAUCGGGGCUCAGGACCCCGAGGCCUGGGAGGCGGAGCUCUGGGGGGCGGAGCCCGAAAGCCACGCCCCCUUUUCCACUGACUCCGCCCCCUCCAACCACACCCACUCACGCCCCUCCCCCUUUAUUAGCCCCUCCCCCUCCUCUGACCCCUCCCACUCAAGCCCCUCCCCCUCCAUUGACCACACCCACUCUGGCCCCGCCCCCUCUGAUUCCACCUCCUCUCCAAGCCACGCCCCCAUUAAUUCAGGCCCCGCCCCCUCUGGCCCCUCCCACUCAAGCCCCUCCCCCUCCAAUGACCCCUCCCCCUCUGGCCCCUCCCCCUGCUCCCCAGGCCCCGCCCCCUCAUUAAGCCCCGCCCCCCGCGGGUCGAAGCUCCGCCUCCACGGCGCCUUCGCGGGGGCGUGGCCUGGGGAGGGGGCGGGGCCUGGGGAAAAGGGGGCGGGGCCUGACCUGGCGCUGCUGCAGCUCCGCCCCUCCCCCCGCUGGGGGCCGAAGCUCCGCCCCCUCUGCGCCCCCUACCGGGACCACCCCAAACCUCACCUGGGCACCCCAAAAACUCACCUGGGCACACCUGGGCACCCCAAAACGCACCUGGGGGGCACCUGCUGGGCGCUGCGGGCAGACCCUUCGGACCCCGCCCGGCUCCGCCCGGUUCAGGUGCGGCUCCGGCGCUGCCCCGAAAACGCCGAAAACGGCCCCAAAAACGGCCCCGAAAAAUUCUGCACCGACGGCGACGCCCCCGCCCAGGCGGAUUUUUUGGGGUCCCCCCUGGCCUGCGAGGAGCGGGGCCUGUGGUUCCUGCUGGGCGUGGCCGCCCCGCCCGUCCCGGGGGACCCCCCGAAAUUCACGGCGGUGCCGCCCCACGAGCGAUGGAUUUCGGGGGUCGCCCGCGAGGUUUUGUUCGCCGAGACCCCCCCGGACCCCCGAGAGGAGGAGCUGGAGGAGCUCCAGGGGGACCCCGACAGCGCCCCCGAGGGGCCGCACCCCGAAAUCGGCACCGGGGACCCCGAAAUCGAGGAGGGCGACCCCGAAUUUUGGGGGGGCUCCGGGAAUUUGAGGAGAUCCGGGAAUUCGGAGACCCCCGAAAAUUUGGGAACCCCCAUGAUGUCAACAAAGCCCGAAAAUUUGGGGACCCCCAAAAAUUUGGGGACCCCUAUGACGUCACCAAAGCCCGAAAAUUUGGGGACCCCCGAAAAUUUAGGGACCCCCAUGACGUCACCAAAGCCCGAAAAUUUGGGGACCCCCCCGGAAAAUUUGGGGACCCCUAUGACGUCACCAAAGCCCGAAAAUUUGGGGACCCCCAGGAAUUUGGGAACAUCACCUGACCCUGGGAUUUUGGGGACCCCCGAAAAUUUGGGGACCCCCAGGAAUUUAUGGACCCCCGAAAAUUUGGGAACGUCACCUGACCCUGGGAUUUUGGGGACCCCCGAAAAUCUGGGGACCCCCAUGACGUCACCAGAGCCCGAAAAUUUGGGGACCCCCGAAAAUUUGGGGACCCCUGAGGGUUUGGGGACCCCCAGAAAUUUGGGGAACCCCGAAAAUUUGGGGACCCCCAUGACGUCACCGGACCCCCCAAAUAAUUUGGGGACCCCCGAAAAUUUGGGGACCCCUAUGACGUCACCAAAGCCCGAAAAUUUGGGGACCCCCGAAAAUUUGGGGACCCCCACGACGUCACCAGAGCCCGAAAAUUUGGGGACCCUCAGGAAUUUGGGGACCCCCGAAAAUUUGGGGACCCCCAUGACGUCACCAAAGCCCGAAAAUUUGGGGACCCCUGAGGGUUUGGGGACCCCCGAAAAUUUGGGGACCCCCAUGACGUCACCGGACCCCCCAAAUAAUUUGGGGACCCCCCCGGAAAAUUGGGGCGACCCCGAACCCCCCCAAGACCCCAAAAUUCCCUAAAAAAAAUUUGGGGUGGGGGAGGGGGGGGGAAAGGGGUCGGCCCCUCCCCCACCCGCCGAUUUUGGGGAUUUUUGGGGGGAUUUUGGGCAAUAAAAGGUGGUGGAGAAGCAGAA